AAACGCACUAUCUUUAUGACAUCCAACGGGUUCAACUAUAUAAACUAAUCAGAAGACAACAUGGUUUUAACCACUAACAGUACUGCUAAAUGACUUUGAAACGCACUAUAUAUAUAUAUUAAUAAUAAUAAUCGUCAGAACGUUCUCUUCCUCGAUCCUCAGGUUUUGUUCUGAUCUCUGUAUCGAUCUAAUUCCUCUCAACCCAGAUGCUGGUUUUCCUCCUGAAAAUCAUUUUCUUGGCGAUAACAACGUCAUGGAAUCUCAUCACUCGAUUCUUAUUCACUGCGGUCGCAAACCUUCUGGUGGUAUCGAUCCAUGCAUUCAAAGUGCCGGGAGAAGCGGCCCAUGGUGCUCUAGAACAAGUCGCGGAGGCCAUCAAGGGAUGCUUGGAAUAUUUCUUGGAGCUUCUGAUAGAAGCAGUCAAAACUCUCAUCUCCACUGUGUUUGAUGCUCUCAUAAAUGGUGUCUCGGGGUCUGCUGCUUUUGCUGGCUCGGCGAUUGUAGGCCUUGUGGAGCAAACCAGGACUAAUUUCGAGGGACUGUUGACAGGUGUGCCGGAGCUUCUGGAGGGCUUCUCGGAGAUGAUUUCGACGAUGGUGUCGGAUUUGUGGAACAAUUACAAGGAUGCUUUAGGAUAUGUUACCGAAAAUGCUUGACAUGCAUGUAUUCAUGCACAUACAUAGUGUAAGAGAUUAGUGCUCAAAAUUUUAAGAUGUGUUAUUUUUCUUGAUCUUCUUUUGCCUUCUUUAAGAUAUCAAUAUACAGCUUU